AUGGCAGCGACCUCAACAACAAUGGCUCUCUCCUCCUCCUUCGCCGGCAAGAAGGUGAAUCUCUCCCCCUCCACCGCCUCCGAUAUCUUCGGAAGCGGACGAGUCACGAUGCGGAAAACCACCUCCAAGCCCAAGCCCGCCUCCUCCUCCAGCAGCCCGUGGUACGGCCCGGACCGCGUCAAGUACCUCGGCCCAUUCUCCGGCGAGCCCCCGAGCUACCUCACCGGCGAAUUCCCCGGCGACUACGGCUGGGACACCGCGGGCCUCUCUGCCGACCCAGAGACCUUCGCCAAGAACCGCGAGCUCGAGGUCAUCCACUCGAGGUGGGCCAUGCUCGGCGCCCUCGGGUGCGUCUUCCCGGAGCUCCUGGCCCGCAACGGAGUCAAAUUCGGCGAGGCCGUUUGGUUCAAGGCCGGGUCACAAAUAUUCAGCGAGGGCGGGUUAGAUUAUUUGGGCAACCCGAGUUUAAUCCACGCACAGAGUAUAUUGCCCAUAUGGGCCACACAAGUGGUUCUGAUGGGCGCCGUUGAAGGGUAUCGUAUUGCAGGUGGGCCUCUUGGUGAGGUAACCGACCCGUUGUACCCGGGUGGGAGCUUCGACCCGUUGGGCCUGGCGGAUGACCCGGAAGCUUUCGCAGAGCUUAAGGUGAAGGAGCUCAAGAACGGGAGGCUUGCCAUGUUUUCCAUGUUCGGGUUUUUCGUGCAGGCCAUUGUUACAGGAAAGGGCCCGUUGGAAAAUUUGGCGGAUCAUCUUGCUGACCCGGUUAACAACAAUGCUUGGGCCUAUGCCACCAACUUUGUCCCCGGGAAAUGA